GAAGCUAUCGACCUCCUUAGAUCCAGGUAUUGUAAGUUUCCUAUAUUAUUUGGUUUUAUUUUUUUAUUCAUUCAACACACAGUCAUUGACUACUGUUCUAGGUCUGGCAAUAAUGACAAUAGACACAAAGAAUCUUCUUUAAAGAUACUCUAAGUGUAGGGUGGGAAGGUGGAGGGAGACCAAUACAACAUAGUGUGUGCAAAGAGCUAGGGUAGAGAUGCAAUCUGGGUGCUGUAGGAAUACAGUGAAAGUCCUUAUAAUCUAGCCUGGGUUGGGGGAAGAGGCCAUCUUCCUUGUGGAGAUAAUAGCUGAGCCUAUUUUCGGAGGAUGUAUGGGAGUAAGCCAGGAAAAUUGGGAAAGAUUGGAGGAAUAGCAUGUGGAUGACAAUGAGGUGUUGGUGAGCAUGACUUGAUCAGGGGAUUUAGAGUAGUUUCAUAUGGUUAAAGCACAUGGUAGUGGACAGGGAUGGAUAACAUGGUAGGGCAGUAAGAUCCAGGGACUUGCAAUGAGACUAAAAUGCUUAGAUUUUUAUCUUGAAGGUAAAAAGGAGCCAUUGGAGGAUAUGAUUGAAUGAUUGAAUUUUAUGUGCAAUACUAGAUGCAGUGUGGAUGAUUGAGCAGGUGUCUGCAUGAGAUAUGAGGCAGGAGAGAGGGAUGACCUUGUUGGAGCAACCGUCAGAUUAUUUUGCUAAUUGAUCUCAGUCUAGUGCUGAGAACUAUGGUUGGGGCAUGAUAGGUGCUCAAAAUGUUUCUGGAAUGAAUGAAUGAAUGAAUGAAUGAAUGAAUGAAUGAAUGAAUAGAUGAAUGUUAAGGUGUUGCAGACUCUGAGUCUGGAGUUCUCUCUUGUCCAGCAAGAGAGCAGAUGUAGAAUUGAGAGAGAGGCUAAUGUCGCGGAGUGGACAAGAACCCCGAGUAAGGGUCCUUGCUCUGUUUUUAUUAGUGUCAGAAGGCUUACACACGUGAUGGAUGUGCAGAAAAAGACAAUGAAUCCAUGAACAUUAACUCGUGUGUUAGAGAAAGGAGGUUUCGAAGAUACCUGGUGUUAGGGAUGUGGGUCAACGCAAAACAAAAUCCUGGCUCUGGGCAGAUGGCUGUUUAAAGCAGGCACUAGGCACUGCUUAGGGUUAUCUUAUCUUGCCUCAGGGAUAAGACAGAUAGAGCAUGCUACCUCAGGGUCAACAAGGCACCUUUCUUUUGCUAAUUAGCUCCCCUCUGGGCAGCUUCCCUCUUCUGUGGUCUAUAGCCCUGUUUACCUAUACUGGUCCUUCCCUCCUGUGACAGCAGCUUUCUGCUUCUGUAUUAUGUUGGCGGUGCUUCCGCCCAGUUUUCCUAAUCUUGGAUGCUUUCAUCUCAUGGCUUCCUAAUCCUAUGCCUUUGUUCUAAACUGGGGGUGCUUUCGCCCUGUUUACCUAAUCUUGGAUGCUUUCAUCCUAAACCUUGUUAACCCAUGGGUGCAAGCUCAGGAAAUUCCUAAACUUAUUCCCCCCAGUAAAGAACAAGACUUGAUAAGGUGUGGUGACUAAUUUUGCAAUUAUGAGGUGGACUAGUGAAGGGAGAAGUCAAGGAUGACUCACUCCCGUGUUUGUAGUGGGUGGCGGAGGAAAUGCGGAAGGGGGAGCAAGAGCUGAGUUGGGCUUGAGAUGAGGAAGUCGGUGCCCAUGUGCAUUGAGGAGUACAAAUGGGAGUUAGAAGUGUAGCUCCAAAAAAGCAACUGUAAAAAAAAAAAAAAAAUUAGAGGGAUUAUUUUCCCAGAAGUGGUUCUUUUCAGUGAACUAAAAUUUAUAUUAUCCUUUUAUCACAAAAAAACUUCCAUGAAGAUAUUUUCAGUCAGAAAACAGAAUUCAUACUUACCGGUUAAAAUGCAAGAGAGGUAAUAUUUCGGGAGUUGUUUAUUUUAUCUGCUAUUUAACUUUGUACUCUGUCAAAAUUAUUAAUUAGAAAUGCAGAAAAUGAUUUUCAUUAUUAACAGGUUCUUUGGGAUUCAGGAUUUGGGAUAAUGCUAUUCCACAAACACUGAUUUCCCCCAACUUGAAAAAAUUUCUUGAAAGAGGUAGUAAUACAUUUUUCUUGGGAAAUCUCUUUUCACCCAAGUCCUUGCUCAUGGAUUCAUGGAUAGUCCACGAAACAUCACGGAAUUUUUCAUGCUGGGACUCUCGCAAAACUCUGAAGUGCAGAGAGUUUUGUUUGUGUUCUUUUUGAUUGUCUACCUUGUCUCUGUUGGGGGCAACCUACUUAUCAUGAUCACCAUUAUCUUCAGUCCCACCUUGGGCUCCCCUAUGUACUUUUUCCUGUCAUGUUUGUCCUUUAUUGAUACUUGCUAUUCCUCAUGUAUGACCCCCAAACUCAUUGCAGACUCCUUGUAUGAGGGGAGAACCAUCUCUUUUGAGGGCUGUCUGAUUCAAUUCUUUGUUGCCCAUUUACUGGGAGGAACUGAAAUCAUUCUGCUCACGGUCAUGGCCUAUGACCGCUACGUGGCCAUCUGCAAGCCUCUGCACUACACGACCACCAUGACCAAGCAUCUCUGUGCCCUGCUGGUGGGGGUGGCUUGGCUGGGGGGCUUCCUGCAUUCACUGGUUCAGCUCUUCCUGGUCCUUCAGCUGCCCUUCUGUGGGCCUAACGUGAUCAAUCACUUUGUCUGCGACCUGUACCCCUUGCUGGAGCUCGCCUGCACCGACACAUAUGUCAUUGGCGUCCUGGUGGUGGCCAACAGUGGUGUGAUCUGCCUGUUGAACUUCCUCAUGCUGGCUGCCUCCUACAUUGUCAUCCUGCGUUCCUUGAGGUGUCACGGUGCCGAGGGGAGGCGCAAAGCCCUCUCCACCUGUGGGGCCCACUUCACUGUUGUUGCCCUGUUCUUUGUGCCUUGUAUAUUUAUUUACAUGCGGCCAUCGUCUACUUUGUCCGUGGACAAAAUAGUGGCUGUGUUUUAUUGUAUUUUGACACCCAUGUUCAACCCCCUGAUUUAUACACUGAGAAACGCAGAGGUGAAAAAUGCCAUGAAAAACCUAUGGAAAAAAUGAGCAAUUGUGGAUAGAAGAUACAGGUACCGUAAGGAAAGAAAUAACGAGUCAUUCUCAGUAUAAGUUCAUAUUUUCAUGAUGAGAGCUGAGAGACUAUUAAAAAUUUCCAGAAUAAAACUGAUUUGAAUGUUUGAAAUUAUGUCUAGUCUAUCCAUGUCCUGUGAUACUGGCCAGACAAAUUAUUAUACACAACUUCAAUUUCUUUUAAACAGUUUACACUGCAUUGCAGAACAUGGAAACACCAACUCUUCCUCACCUUUGUCUGAGAUGGAGCCUUCAUCAGCCUGGGCUAGUAAGAGUCUGUGAUGAGUAGGACCCCUUGUUGGAGUGAAAAGUAUGACCCCUGGUCCUCCAACUCUGCACAUCAGAAUAUGAUCAGAGUAGUUACUGAUGGUUCACCUAUGCCUGAUUCUAUCUACAAUUUUU